AUGGCAGUGUCUCCUGCUGCCGAGUCUGGACUGCUUGAAGGCUCGGACUCGCUCAAGCGCAAGGCCGAUCAGAUUGAUGCCGUCGACUUUGAGCCUCCACAGAAUGGACAGGUAGAUGUCGGCGCAACGGAUGUGGCUGGAGCGGACGACUCGGACGACGACGUUGGACCCAUGCCUCUCCCCGCUACCGACGCUGCUGUCGCGACCAAGAAGCGCAAGAUCCUGAAGCACGAGAAGCUGUACCUCGACCACCUCCCUGCCGCCGACCGAUACUACAAGUCGCUCAUGCACCGCGACACCCUCUCCCAAGUUGCCGUCACCAAGACCAACUUUGUCAUCACCGCCUCGAUCGACGGCAUCCUCAAGUUCUGGAAGAAGCAGCCUGUCGGCGUCGAGUUCGUCAAGCUUUAUCGCACCCAUCUUUCGCCCAUUCUCGCAGUCGGUGUCUCGGACGACGGCAAGAGUUGCGCGAGUCUCGGUGCGGACAGCGGAGGGAGGACCGCGGAGGGUCUCGAGGUCAAGGGCAGCGCGAAGGUGUUUGACGUCGAGAACUUCGACAUGAUCAACAUCUUGAAGCUUUCAUAUGUUCCCCGAGCAUGCUGCUGGGUGCACAAUCGCAACGACGGCCGGAUCCUCCUCGCAGUCUCCGAGUACGACUCGUCUGCGAUUCGGAUCUAUGACGGGCGAGGAGACGGCAAGCCCCUGCAUACGCUCUCGUCGAUGCACCGACAGAGCGUGCACCUUAUGGCUUACAACUCUCUCCACGACACGGUCAUCUCGGUGGACGUUGGCGGAAUGAUCGAGUACUGGCAGCCGAACGAGCCGUUCGAGAAGCCGGACAGCGUCGAGUGGACGUCAAAGGCGCAGACGGGCUUGUACGAGUUCAAGAAGACCAAGUCGACGCCGGUCGCUCUUACCAUCUCCCCCACGCACGACUCUUUCGCCAUCCUCUCCCUUCCCGACCUCCGCCUCACAACAUUCAACUUCGUCACCGGCCGUCUCCACCGCGCCUAUGACGAAUCACUCAACGCAGUUCAGGAGAUGCAGCAGGCGGGAACCGCGGGCGUCCAGCUCGACUCGAUGGAGUUCGGACGACGAUUGGCGGUCGAGAAGGAGUUGGAAAAGCAGGCGCUGGAGAGUGUGCUUGAAGGACGAGCAGGGUCGACGGCGACGAUCGGGCAGCCGGCUUGGGACGAGGGAGGGAAGUUCGUGAUCUACCCGACCAUGCUUGGCAUCAAGGUCGUCAACACGGUCACGAACAAGGUCGCGCGGAUACUCGGGAAGGACGAGACGGUGCGGUUCAACAACCUGGCGCUGUACCAGGGCAUGCCUACGAAGCAGGGCGUCAAGACCAUCGCGAUGAUGACUUCGGAGAACCCGUUGCUGGCGGACAAGGACGAGCGGGAUCCGACCUUGUUCUGCACGGCGUGGAAACGACCUCGCUUCUACAUGUUCACACGCUCGGAGCCAGAAGACAAGGCUGGCGAGCGCGACGUCUACAACGAGAAGCCGACGCGCGACGAGAUGACCAUUGCGGCACCCGCAACAUCCGCGUCUGGACCGCUCAAUCGCCGCGCCGUCAUUCAUACAACGAAGGGUGACAUCCGCGUCGAGCUCUUCCCGGACCUGGUGCCCAAGACGGUCGAGAACUUUGUCGGCUUGUCGAAGAAGCACUACUACGACGACGUCAUCUUCCAUCGUGUCAUCCCCAAAUUCAUGAUCCAAACUGGCGACCCUCUCGGCGACGGUACCGGCGGCGAGUCGCUCUGGGGACAUCCCUUCGAGGACGAGUUCCACCCCUCGCUCAAACACGACCGGCCGUACAUGCUCAGCAUGGCCAACGCCGGCCCGAAGACGAACGGCAGUCAGUUCUUCAUCACGACCGUACCUUGUCCUUGGCUCGACACCAAGCAUUCGAUCUUCGGGCGUGCUACUGCCGGCUUCGACGUCGUCCACGAGAUCGAGAACGCGCGUACGGACAAGGGCGACAAGCCUUUCGAGGAGAUCAAGAUUACGUCGGUCUCGCUCGAGUAA